CUCCCCAAGGCUCCAGGUGACCACUCCUGCUUGACUCCGCCCCACGGAAAGAAGGUGAGGUAGGGGGCGGGGCUGGUGGUGGGGGUCGGCAGGAUUGGUGAGUAUACUGGCCCUUCUGGUCAGUCCUACACCUGUCACUCUCCUAUGUGUGGGCCACCUCUGUGACGGGCAAUAAUGCUGCUGCUACUGCUGCUGUUGCUGCUGGGACCUGGACCCGGAUUCAGCGAAGCAACCAGGAGGUCACAUGUAUACAAGCGUGGACUCCUGGAACUGGCAGGGACCUUGGAUUGUGUUGGUCCUCGAUCUCCAAUGGCUUACAUGAACUAUGGCUGUUAUUGUGGCCUUGGUGGCCAUGGAGAGCCACGUGACGCCAUUGACUGGUGCUGCUACCACCAUGACUGCUGCUACUCUCGGGCUCAGGAUGCUGGCUGCAGCCCUAAGUUAGACCGCUACCCAUGGAAGUGCAUGGACCAUCACAUCCUGUGUGGACCAGCAGAGAACAAAUGCCAAGAACUUUUGUGCAGGUGUGACGAGGAGUUGGCUUACUGUCUGGCAGGGACCGAGUACCACCUGAAAUACCUCUUCUUCCCCUCCAUUUUAUGUGAGAAGGACUCUCCCAAGUGCAACUGACAGGCUCACAAUGUCCCUUUGCACAUGGAAAUGCAGUUCACUUUCAGUGAUCACCAACAGCAUGCAAUUUGUGCAGGAGAGUCACCGGAGGCCAAGUGCUAAAGCCACCUGCGUUUGCUUUCUCCUUCCAUUCAGGAACUCACAACUAUGAGCCAGUGGAGUUGCCAGUCUGAUGAAGGUUCAAAGUCCUGGGCCUGUUUUAUACAAAUAGCGCUGUGUUGGGCGUGGUAUAAUUUUUGAAAUUCAGCCUUUAUGAGAAACUGUACUGUCUUGUACCUGCUGCAGAGUUGCUGGUCAGAUGUGGGUGAACACCUGCUUAGGCUUGGCUGUGGUAAUAACAUUGCCACAUGAUACAUCUAAGAAUUGUAACUGUAAUAAAAAAAUGUUCCCUAA